UCCCGGGGGCGAGAGCGGCCGCCUGAGCCCCCGCCAGCUUCGGCGUCACCAUUGGUUGGGUUGCUCCCAUGCCCGAGCUUUAAUUGGACAAAGUGCGCGCCAGGCCCCGCCUCUCGCGUCAGAGUUCCGUUAGCAGGCCCUAUUCUCCCCGCCCCCCGGCGCUUGUUUUCCGUCGCGAGACGCAGCGCGAUGACGUAGGCGCCCUGACGUUCCAUGUCCAAGAUGGCCGCAGUCGGCAAGGAGGGUCGUCGCUAAGUGGCUUACCUGAGGCGAGGGGUGAGUGACCAAGGGACAGCGGGCAGCGGCACCCACCUCCUGCGGACCUGGAGGUCGGAGGAGGGUAUGACCAGCUGUCGCCGUCCGCUGGCGGAGCCUCCCUUCCUGGUUUCCGCUUCCCUCCGCUAUCCCCCGGUGCAUAUUGAAGUUAGCGGAAGACAGGGGGUGCGGGGCGGGGUUCGAGAGAGGGUCUGAGGCGCAGGGACAGGGCGGGGAGCCCAGCAGGACGCUGGAGCAAGUAACGUCCCUCGCCGCGAGGCGCAGUCAGGGUUCGGGGACCUUCUAGCAAGUGAAGAGAAGCGGCGGGGGACUUAGGCUCGCACACUCUUAGCCGCACGGGCGCCAACUCUCCAUUUCUUUGCAGUUUCGAGGUGUGUCGUCCUUGGUUAGGCCUGAGACUUUGGGGACUUGUCGUGAGGAGAGGGUCGCUAUCGACUACUCCAAACGAUUUGUGUCUUUCCACAAUGUCUCUUAUUAAUUAUUAAACACACGGGUUAUUGGUUACGCCGGACGCCAGAGGCCUCAGUCACCAAAAGGGUAAGAGAAAAAGAGUAAGCAAGCUUACGGCAGACAAACGCCAAAGUCUAAGGUCCAAAGUCCAGACACCUCUGCCACUGUUGACGACGUUGUCUCGUUAGGCUCAGGAGCCCUAUAUCAGGCCUCUACCUCAGUGAGACUUUGGUCAAGCUAGGGUCGCGAGGGGAUCGACUUCCCUUCAGACUGACUGGAGACCCGGGUGACUCGAAGGCCCAUCGCCCUUACUUCCGAACUCAGCUGGCUCUGGGACCCCGGUCGAUCAACCUGUCGCACAGGGAGUCCUCUGGCAGGGUGAACCUCGGGAGUGACUUCACUACUGAGUUAAGAGAGUGCCUGGGGGCUGUACUCUCGAGGCUUCUCCAGUCUCCAUCAGCAACUCUGGAGGAAUUUUUUCUUAUUCAGCCUUGUAUUCCCAGCGCCUAGAAGAGUGCCUGCCUUACAUCAAUCGUAGUCAUUUUUCUCUUUAAUAUGCACCUUGCCCUGACUGUACCUGGUGGGAACCCAUCAUGCUGGCUCCUGUGUCCUUUUGGAUUCUAGCAUUUUCAGAGAACCUUUUGAAAAUAACGAAUCUACCUCAAUAAAUGAAGGAGAAUAAAGAAAAUUCAAGCCCUUCAGUAACUUCGGCAAACCUGGACCACACAAAACCAUGUUGGUACUGGGAUAAGAAAGACUUGGCUCAUACACCCUCACAGCUAGAAGGACUCGACCCGGCCACUGAGGCCCGGUACCGCCGGGAGGGGGCUCGCUUCAUCUUUGAUGUGGGUACACGUUUGGGGCUACACUAUGAUACCCUGGCAACUGGAAUAAUUUAUUUUCAUCGCUUCUAUAUGUUUCAUUCCUUCAAGCAAUUCCCAAGAUAUGUGACAGGAGCUUGUUGUCUCUUUCUGGCUGGGAAGGUAGAAGAAACGCCCAAAAAAUGUAAAGAUAUCAUCAAAACAGCUCGUAAUUUGUUAAAUGAUGUACAAUUUGGCCAGUUUGGAGAUGACCCAAAGGAAGAAGUAAUGGUCCUGGAGAGAAUCCUACUACAGACCAUCAAGUUUGAUUUACAGGUGGAACAUCCGUACCAGUUUCUGCUCAAAUAUGCAAAACAACUCAAAGGUGAUAAAAACAAAAUUCAAAAGUUGGUUCAGAUGGCGUGGACGUUUGUAAAUGACAGCCUGUGCACCACCCUGUCGCUGCAGUGGGAACCAGAGAUCAUAGCCGUGGCGGUGAUGUAUCUUGCAGGACGUUUGUGCAAAUUUGAGAUACAAGAGUGGACCUCCAAACCCAUGUACAGGCGAUGGUGGGAGCAGUUUGUUCAGGACGUGCCUGUCGACGUUUUGGAAGACAUCUGCCACCAGAUCCUGGACCUCUACUCACAGGGGAAACAGCAGAUGCCUCACCACACGCCCCACCAGCUGCAGCAGCCCCCACCUCUGCAGCCCACACCACAAGCGCCCCAAGUGCAGCAGCCACAGCAGCCUCACGGCCCCGAGCCGCCCCAGCCGCCCCAGAAGGACCUCCAGCAGCCCGCGCAGCAGCAGCCGCAAGCGCAGCAGCCCAGGAGGCCGUCUCCACAGCCGAGUCCGCCCAGACAGGCCAAACGAGCUGUGGUUGUUUCUCCCAAAGAAGAGAACAAAGCACCAGAACCACCACCAUCUAAAAUCCCCAAACUAGAGACCACCACCCACCCGCCACUGCCUCCAGCCCACCCACCUCCAGACCGGAAGCCUCCUCUCGUGGCAGCCUUGGGUGAGGCCGAACCACCAGGCCCCGUGGAUGCCAGCGACCUCCCCAAAGUCCAGAUACCUCCGCCGGCCCACCCAGCACCCGUGCACCAGCCACCGCCGCUCCCGCACCGGCCCCCACCGCCACCCCCCUCCAGCUACAUGACCGGCAUGUCCACCACCAGUUCCUACAUGUCUGGCGAGGGCUACCAGAGCCUGCAGUCCAUGAUGAAGACCGAGGGCCCUGCCUACGGUGCCCUGCCCCCCGCUUAUGGCCCACCCGCCCACCUGCCCUACCACCCCCACGUCUACCCCCCUAACCCGCCCCCACCACCCGUACCCCCACCCCCUGCCUCCUUUCCCCCGCCCACCAUCCCCCCACCCACGCCUGGCUACCCCCCACCUCCACCCACCUACAACCCCAACUUCCCGCCCCCGCCCCCACGCCUGCCCCCCACCCAUGCUGUCCCACCCCACCCUCCUCCGGGCUUGGGCCUGCCCCCUGCCAGCUACCCACCCCCAGCCGUCCCCCCCGGGGGACAGCCCCCCGUGCCCCCACCCAUCCCCCCACCCGGCAUGCCCCCCGUUGGGGGGCUCGGGCGGGCAGCCUGGAUGAGAUAACCUGAUGCCUUUUUUUUUUUUUUAAAGAACAAAAGUUUUUCUAGUCAACUUGAAGAGUAGCUGGAGGGGGUGAGCAGCAGGGUACCUUGUAUAAAGCUAGACAGCGGCAGUGUGGAAGGAAUGGGAAGUAGAACUGGGAAGCUCUCCCAUCUGGAGAGGGAUAGACUGGCUGGAGUGUAGCCGCGCAGGCCGUCGCUGGCUGUGCCUGACCCUGCGUGCGUCACCGCGAGGCUGUACCGGGUGACUUCGUGCUAGUGAGAGUGUUAUAACACCAGCCAUAUUGGCUCAGUACAUGGCUGCAGUGAGGGGUGACUGUCGUCCUAGAAAUCAGUGCCUAUUUUUCCUGGAAACUCAGUUUUCAAUAGUCCAGCUCCAUCUGAAGUCACACUGUCUUCAUUGUUUUCAUUCAGUGACAUCCUCUCCCACGAUACCCAGUAGGUCAGAGGAGCCACGUUUUUGGUUUAUGAAUAUAUACACCCUUUGUGUUACAGUUAUUUUGAAGGGGUUGCCUCUUUGGAUGGCUGUUUUCUUUGUUCUCCAGGGAGAAGGGAGAAAUGUACUUGGGAAGUAAUGUGUGUUUACGUCCAUUUGCAAACUCCUGUACAUAGAGAUCUAUUUUUUAAGCGUGAAUGUGACAACAUACUGUGAAUUCCAUCUUGGUUACAAAGAGACUCCUUCAGUCAGUUAUCCAAAUAAAACCAGUUCUGAAGCUGCC